AUGGAAUUUCAAGACCAUGAAGAACAAGAAGAAGAGUUAUGUAUGGGUUCAGCGAGUUAUGACUCGUUACCUAACUCGUCACGAGUUAAGAUGCCAGGUGGCACUGAAGCUAUUAUGGUUACUCAUCCAUUGAGAAACAUCAUCAACAACAACGCAAGGUAUAGAGAGUGUUUAAAGAAUCAUGCUGUCGGAAUAGGUGGCCAUGCUUUAGAUGGUUGCGGCGAGUUUAUGCCGGCGGGGAAUGAAGGAAGUUUGGAGUCACUAAAAUGCGCUGCGUGUAACUGCCACCGUAAUUUCCACCGCAAAGAGUCGUCGACUGACUUCCCCGGCGGAGAUCCUUUUCUGUUGACGCAUCACCACCACCAUGCGCCGCCUCAGCCGCAGUUUGCGGCUUAUUAUCGAACUCCGGCUGGGUACUUGCAUGUUUCCGGACAACAGAGGCCGGGGACGCUUGCUCUACCGUCGACCUCGGGUGGUGGAGGAGGGACGCAGAGCACGAGGGAAGAUCAAGAUGAAGAUAUUUCAAAUCCGAGUGGCGGAGGUUCGAGUAAGAAGCGCCACCGAACCAAGUUUACACCGGAACAGAAGGAUAAGAUGUUGGAGUUAGCUGAGAAAUUGGGGUGGAGAAUUCAGAAACACGAUGAAGGUUUGGUUCAAGAAUUCUGCAAUGAAAGUGGUGUUAAGCGUCAUGUUCUUAAGGUUUGGAUGCAUAACAACAAACACACUCUCGGUAAGAAGCCCUAG